GGAGGAGGAGGAUGGAGGGGAGGCGGAGGAAACUGGCGAGGGAACAACAGAAUGCAAGGUGGGGGUAUGAUGCCUCCACCAAGUUCUCAGAGCUCACAGAACAACACUCUGAUGAGGGCUGGGUCGUCACAACCACAGAUCACGACUAUGCUACCAGCUGUUCCUACACCAUAUAAGGGUUGGCACCUCUACAUGAAUGAAGGUUAUAGCGAUGGUUCAGAGACAGUGACGUUUGUUCAGGCUUUUGAGGAGUAUUUUUCAAGGCUGCGACCAACACUCCAGCGGUCAGAGAUUGAGGACCGACGAGCCUUCCACGUUAAUUUGAAGGUCCUUCUGGAGGAUGGACCAGUAAAGGAAAAGAUCCAGGAACUCUCUGAUCUGGUACUAAACAGUCCUCAGAGGAUCAUAUCAUGCCUAGGCCUGGCACUGCAUCAGCUCAUGACCAAAGAAGUAGAGACAGAACUGCGAGAGGAAGCAGCGGAGGUGUUGGCCGCUGGAGGCGAGAGUGUUGAUGAGGCUUCCCUGAAGGCCUUAGUUCCAGAAGCAGACUUGCCUCUCAUCCAUGCCAGGCUCGUCAACCACUGCAAGCUCACUCCGCUGAAAGUACUGAAAGCAAACUACUAUGGUAAACUUGUCAGCAUUAAAGGGACAGUGGUACGUGUUGGUAGCAUAAAACCCUUAUGUACCAGACUAGCUUUCACGUGCCUUGGGUGUAGCACAGUACAUGGAGUUACUCAGACUGAGGGCCGCUAUACCGUACCCUCACUGUGUCCUGUGCAGAACUGUAGGUCUCGUUCUUUUGUACCAGACCGCUCGCACAAGUUGACGCACACGGUGGAUUGGCAGAGUUUCAGGUUGCAGGAGAUUAUCAGCGAUGAUCAGAGGGAAGGAGGGCGCGUUCCACGAACUGUAGAAUGUGAAGUGAGGGAAGACCUGGUCGACUCGUGCGUUCCUGGCGACAUGAUCACCAUAACAGGGAUUGUCAAGGUUAGUCAAAGUCAAGAAGGCAAGGGAAACAAAGGAGACAAAUGCAUGUUCAUGUUAUACAUUGAUGCCUCAUCUGUAACAAAUUGUAAAUCAGGUGAUGAUGCUGCAUCAGCUGUCGGGAUUGAGUUCAGCAUCAAGGACUAUUAUGCUAUACAGGAAAUUCAAGCAGAGGCCCAGCUUUUCAAACUUCUAGUUGGAUCUCUAUGCCCGGCUAUAUAUGGGCACGAACUCGUCAAAGCUGGUCUCUUACUCUGCCUUUUCGGAGGGUGCUCCAAGACAGGGGGCGACCGCGUUCCAGUGAGAGGGGACCCACACAUUCUUGUGGUGGGAGAUCCUGGUCUUGGAAAGAGUCAGAUGUUGCAGGCAUGUUCAAAUGUGGCUCCAAGAGGGGUGUAUGUCUGCGGAAAUACCACCACAACGUCGGGCUUGACUGUAACCCUGAGUCGUGAAGGAGGGUCAGGAGAUUAUGCACUAGAGGGUGGAGCUCUUGUGAUGGCUGACCAAGGAGUAUGCUGUAUCGAUGAAUUUGAUAAGAUGACGAACCAACACCAGGCACUUUUAGAAGCAAUGGAGCAGCAGAGUAUAAGUAUUGCCAAGGCCGGUAUUGUGUGUUCCCUUCCGGCCAGGACAUCUAUUCUUGCUGCAGCUAACCCCAUUGGUGGCCAUUACAACAAGGCCAAGACAGUGUCAGAGAACCUCAAGAUGAACAGUGCGUUGCUGUCCAGGUUUGACUUGGUCUUCAUCCUGCUUGAUAAGCCUGAUGAGGAACUUGACUGCCUGUUAUCUGAGCACGUGAUGGCCCUGCACAGUCGACUGGGCAAGCAGGCUAGUAAUCUUGAGGGAGGUCGAGUGAGAAAGCAGGAUCUCUUAGAUUCUUCGAGUAUCAUUGACUCCGAGCAGCCUUUGAGUGAAAGACUGAAGCAUCGAAGUAGUGAACCUUUUGAACCCAUUCCUCACCACCUCCUACGCAAGUACAUUUGUUAUGCAAGAAAGUAUGUUCAACCGAAAAUAACAAAAAAUGCGGCAAAAAUUAUCCAGCAGUUCUAUCUGGAUCUCCGACAGCGCCAUCAGAAUGCCAACUCAACACCCAUUACUACAAGACAGCUGGAGUCAUUGAUAAGGCUAACAGAGGCAAGAGCUAGGUGUGAACUGCGGGAGGAGGCCACUGAGGAAGAUGCCAGGGAUGUGGUGGAGGUCAUGCGUUUCUCUAUGAUGGACACGUUCAGCGACGAGUUUGGUCUCCUGGACUUCAAGAGGUCGCAGCAUGGGUCAGGGUCAAGCAAUAGAUCACAGAUGAAGAAAUUUGUUGCGGUCCUUCAACGCAUGUCCGAAAGAACCUACAAGUCCAUAUUUACUAUUGACGAGAUGAAACAACUCGUAAAGCAAGCCAACAUUAAAGUGAGGGAUAUAAAUGAUCUUAUUGCAAGCCUGAAUCAUCAAGGAUACUUGUUGAAGAAAGGUAGCAGGGUGUAUCAGCUGCUUACGGCCGACUGCUAACGAGAUUUCUGAGACUUUUUGAUCUUUAUCUGUUUUCUUUCAGUGGUAAAUACUUUUUGUAAAUAGUAAUGGUUGUAUGUUUAUAAUGAAAUUGAUAAUGAUGGCCAUUGCAGUAGUUUUUUUCUGCAUAUUAUCACAUAUCAUUAGUAAAAAGGGUUUCAUUCACAAAAUCAUUAAUUACUAACAUUAUUAUGCAUCAUUUUUGCUUUGCAGUAAUGUUACAACUUUCAGAUCAUCUUUCCCUUUGCAGUCGAUUCUUCUUUCAUAUCUCAAAAGAUUACUCAUAUAUCACUUGUGUUUGCAUAUUCUAUUUUCAUAUGAAUUAGUUUCAUUAUAUUUUUUAAUUAAUAGAAUAUUUAAGUUAAAUGAUGGCACAGCAUCAAAAUACAGAAUCUUUGGUAAUACAGUUUAGAUAUUUGUUAUUUAUUACCUGCUCUGUGGAGACAUUUAGUAUAAAAUACAUAAACCUUUUUUGUUAUAACAUAUCUUUUCUUUAAAUGUAAAUAUUCAAGCAUAUGUUUUUUGACAAUCAUGUAAGGAAACGAACUUCACAAAGAAAAUAAAUAUUUGUCAUUUUA